GGAAAAAUAUCGAUUCUUGAUAUCGAGACAUCGAUGAGCCGGAAGCCUGUGGAUAGCCUUCCGGUUGGUUGUCUUUGCGUGAGUGGAGAUCGUUCUUGCAUGCGGGACUGAAGAUGACUGGGUUAAAUAGUAAGGCCAUCAUAAUCGAUGGCAAGGGGCAUUUACUCGGCAGAUUGGCGGCAGUUAUUGCCAAGUCAGUUCUGCAAGGAAACAGAAUUGUAGUAGUUCGUUGUGAAUUACUCAACAUCUCUGGAAACUUCUUUAGGGCUAAGUUGAAAUAUUUGUCUUUUCUUCGGAAGAGAUGUAACGUGAAUCCGGCUCGUGGCCCAUUCCAUUUCAGGGCACCAAGUAAGAUUCUGUGGAGAACUGUGAGAGGAAUGCUUCCUCACAAGACAACACGAGGAAAGCAGGCUUUGAGGAGAUUGAAAGCCUAUGAAGGUUGUCCUCGUCCAUAUGACACAAGACGGCGUUUGUGUGUUCCUGGAGCAAUGAGAGUGCUAUGUCUUAAACCUGGCAGGAAGUAUUGUCGUGUUGGACGGUUAUCUCAUGAAGUGGGCUGGAAGUACAAGGAUGUUGUCAAUGGUUUGGAAAGAAAGAGGAAGCUCCGAACUGCUUUCGGCAAAAAGAGGCGUGCAAGUCUUAGGAGGAUUACAGACAGAGCUGGAGAACUGGUGGCACCAAAAAUUAAAAAAUUCGAGAAAAUUAUAGAGUCUUACGGAAAGUGAUACUUUUAUUGUGUUGUAAUGAAAUAAAGCAUUUGGUAUUACUGGUA